GGGGUUAUAAUUGGUGUUCCGGUGCCACGUGCUCCCGUGUUUGCCCCUGAUUGGCUGAUGGUCGAGUCGGCUGUCACUGGAGUGGGUAGAGCGGCCCGAAUGUUGCCCAGUAUUGGAUUCUACAGGGCCUGCAACUGAAUUUAAGUACAAUUUCAGCUAACAUGGUUCAAACCCCUAAGUGGAAAUGAUUUCAGUUGGAAACUUGAAGUCUUGGAAGUGUCGACAGAGCGUCAGUUGUGUUGAAAAUGCUGGGAGAUGGAGUGCCAUCAGCUACAAAAGAAAAUCUUUACAAAGACCCCACGUUUCCAGCAAGUGACACCUCUGUCUUUUUUAACUAUUCCACCCCACUCUCACAAUUCAGAGGGGAGAUUUCCUGGCUGAGACCUCAGGAAAUUUGUUCUACUCCUCGAUUGUUUUCAGAUAGUCCACAGGAGGUGCAAGUGAAGCAAGGGAUUUUGGGAGACUGUUGGUUCCUGUGUGCCUGUGUUGCUUUGCAGAAGAGCAAAUACUUGCUAACUAAGGUAAUCCCUCCAGGUCAGCCCAGUUGGACAGAUGAGACGUACACAGGCUGUUUCACUUGUCAAAUCUGGCAGUUUGGACAUUGGGUGGAAGUAACCAUUGAUGAUCGCCUGCCUUCCCUUGGGGGAAAACUCUGCUUCUCCCAGUGUCAGAGAGAAGAUGUGUUUUGGCUUCCCUUACUGGAAAAGGUCUAUGCCAAGGUGCAUGGGUCUUAUGAGCAGUUGUGGGCAGGGCAGGUGGCAGAUGCUUUAGUUGACUUGACUGGAGGUCUAGCUGAGAGAUGGACAUUAACAGACCCUGGAAGAAGCAUGGAAAGAGAGAGGACUGGUAGAGUUCUGGAGAAGAUGGUAUUUAGGAGACUGAUGAACCUGAAGGAACGGUGCAUGAUAAGUUGCUCAGUCCUCAGCUCCAGGCAAGGUGCCAGUGAACUGGGAGAAUUUCAUGCCUUUAUUGUCAUAGAUAUGCUUCAUCUCUCCAGAGUCUCGGGCAAGGAAAUCAUCUUGCUACGGAUACGAAACCCUUGGGGGAGGCGGUGUUGGAAAGGACACUGGAGAGAAGGUGGUCAAGGGUGGAGCCAAUUGGAUCCAGUAGUUGCUUCAGAAUUGCUUUCCCAGAUCCAGGAAGGAGAAUUCUGGGUUGAGGAGGAAGAGUUUUUCAAGGAAUUUGAUGAGAUUACCAUUGGGUUUCCAGUCACUGAAGAGGGACAAUUUCAGAGCCUCUAUACAGAGCAAGUGCUGAGUCAUACACAGCACCUGUGUGGAUCCUGGGUGAAAGGCCAGUCUGCUGGUGGUUGCCGUAACAAUAGCAGCUUCCCUAUUAACCCCAAGUUCUGGCUGAGGAUAUGGGAGCAGAGUGAGGUUUACAUUGCUCUUCUGCAGAAACCCCAGAAGUACAGUGCUGAUUGGGCUGGAAGAAUUCAGAAUCUGACCCACUUAGCAGAGGAAGGCCCAUCUCUGACUGAAGGCAUUCAAGGGAAGAAUUACCAGGCAGUGGGACUGCACGUCUGGAAGGUGGAGAAGAAGCGGUUUAAUCUGCCCAAGACUCUUUCUGCUCCUCCAAUUGUAGGAACCAUUUGCCAUUCUUAUGACAGAGAAGUACAUGUGCGCUGUGACCUUGCCCCUGGUUAUUACCUUAUUGUCCCUAGCACCUUUCUGAAGGAUGCAGAGAGAGACUUUCUGCUUCGUGUAUUCUCAACAGGGCGAAUCUGCCUCAGUGAGAUAAAACCACCACCUGCUGAUGCUGCCCUCUGUGAAGAGCUCUCACCAGGUGAAUGGGAGACUGUGCAGCUACAAGGAUGCUGGAAAAAUGGCCAAAGUGCUGGAGGUAGCAGGAACUUCCACUCCUUCCAUACCAAUCCCCGCUUUCCCCUCUCCAUCCCUUUAGAAACAGGAGAGCGCAACGUGAAAGUCACCCUCCGCCAGCACUGUCAAGAUAGCAAGUUUCGUCCAAUAGGGUUUCAUAUCUUCCAGGUGCCUAAUAGCAGUUGGAAAUCACACACUUCUUCUUUUCUGCACUUGGAGCCACUUGUUAGCUGUGUUCCUCAUUGCUACUCACAGGAAGUGAGCCAGCUCUGUAAACUCUCUGCAGGGAAUUAUGUAAUUGUACCAUCAACCUACUUGCCUAAUACUGAAGGCAAAUUUACAGUGAUCAUAACAACCAAAAUAGACAGGAAAUGCAUUCAGAGCCAGGAGACCCUUGGACAAGUAUUGCAAGAAGUCUCCUUUACAGCUGUGAUGAGAAGGUAAUGUGGAAUUCUUGCAUCAACAUCAUAACAAACAGUGGAGAGACAAAAGUCUGAUGUCUGGAUAGUUUCAGUUUGAAAUGAAGUAACCAGAAAGUAUGCUGAGCCCAGUGGUUUUCCAUUCCUCCUGACUGCCAGCCAGGUGAUGUCUGCUCUGUAAAAAUACCUCCUUAAUAAUGUUCUUCCUGAUGAGCACUUGUCUUCCCUGUGUGUUUUACAACCAGCAACAUACAACUGGACUUCUUGUUAUACCUCAGUUCUCCAGAAAUAUGGACAAAGGAUAUGUGAGCAUAUAAUUCAAGCUGCAGUUUUAAAAUUAAAACAGUAAAAAAUAUGAUCUGCAUAUACAUAAUGAAAGACUAUUUGGUGAAAAAUAUCAAGUUUACAGAUCAACCUCAGGAGACUAGAGGAGAAGAGGAGGAGUAAAUGGAAAAGAAACGUUGAAGUCCCCUUUUCAGGAAAGGAAGACCAUAAGAGCCAACAAAGUACACUGGAAUAGGGAUAGACAAGGUCUGUAAUCACUGCCAAUCUUAUUACUGAGCACUUUAUCAUGGGCCCUGCUACUAUUUGUCAUGAAACUGUAAGUUGGAAAAGAGGAAUUUAGGUGAGUUUGUCUUGCACCAUUUGAACAUCUGGGUGGAAAGAGAACAAUGACUUUUGCAAAGCUGCUAGUUUGAUAAUUCAUACAAGACAGUAUUUUUGUUACUGAUACCCAGAAUGUUUUCUGAGAGAGCUCCUCUUACUGUAGCAUACCAUGAGGUUAACAAACUCUUCUUAAUUGCUGUUAAAACAUUGGUUACUUAAGUGUGGGUUUUUUAGAUAUUGUAUUUUCUGUAAUAAAAGAAAGGUGAUAUUAA